AUGACAGAAUCAAUUGUACGUUUACCACUCGAUGUUCAACACAAAUUGCAAGAACUUGAAUUAGAACUAGCCGAAGGUGACAUAACACAAAAAGGUUUUGAAAAAAAGCGUAUAAAACUAUUAGAACCGUAUAGAAAACAAAAACAGAAAACUGAUGAUGGUCGAUUAAGUAAGACUCGAUUUUGUCCUUAUUUAAAAAGUAUAAUAUGGAUUCUUGUCUGUACUUCGAAAGGUGAGAGUCCAGUUAUUGCUACUUCGAAUCACAAACAUGCUAAAUCAAGAAUUCAAUGUCGAAGACAAAAACAUGAAGGAUACAAUCGCUACCAUUCAGAUGUCCGUCAAGAAGCUGUUAAACAAGCUCUCGAACAGUAUGGUAGUAAACCAAUAUCAUCAUCAAAAAGAAUAUCGAAUACUCAACAAAUUGCAGCAGAUUUGUCUAGUGAUGAUGAAAGUUUAACAUAUACAACAGAUGAUCAUCAGUCGCCAUUUCAACAACUAAAAAAAAUUGAACAACAACCACAACUGCCAGAAUUAGAAACGCUGAUCAAAAAUAUUCCAGCUCCAUCCUUACCACCGCCGAUAAUGUCAUCUUUUUUAUCAGAUUUUAUUCAUCGUAGUCAAGAACCUUCUCUUUCAUCUGUACAACCUGAUUUGACUCGAAGUGCGGGUGCUCGGUAUCGUGAUUCUAAUUCAGACUAUAUUAACAAUAAUUAUCAACACUAUGUCAUGUACGGAGAACGAACGACAACGGCCACGCAACAAAUAAAUCAAAACACAAAUGUAUAUGAACGAAAACCAAGCACACGCGUAUCAUCGAAAAUAUUGGCUUUAGUUAACACAUUGAAACGUCCAAAACGAAAACAAUUACAUGAAUUUUUUGAAGAUAAUGAAGAAGAACUAGCAAUGCCUCCAAUCGAUCCGUUAUCACCGAAACCAGAAGGUGGAAUUAGUGUACCGUCCUGUGGUGAACAAUUAGUUGUUUCAUCUCAAUGGCCUAAAAAUUUUAUUCAAGCCAUUAAUCAACAUGGAAUUAAUCAAGGACGAAAUAAUUUUAUUGUGGUACUCGACGAGCAAGGAAAAGCUGCAAAUACUUUAACAUUCAUCAAAUUAAUGACUCGUUCUCACAAAAUUGCCUUUAAUCUUCUAAAUAAAGUUCAUUGCCAAGGAUCAGGAAGUACUUCAAGAGAAAAUCUACUUAAAUCGGGUGAUAGAGUUGCUCUUGUCUAUUCAAAUAAUGAUCCAAUUAAUUUUAUUUGCGCAUUUUAUGGGUGUAUUAUAGCUGGAAUUGUACCAUUACCUGUCGAUGUACCGUUAUCAAGGAGGGAUUGGUUAUCGCAACGUAUUGGUAUCUUAUUGGGUCAAUUAGGCGUUAAAGUAGCUUUAACAUCAGAGUCAUGUUAUCGUCAGUUACCGAAAACAAAUUUAAAUUCAAUGUCAACUACUCAUUCAUCUACUCCGACAAAUACGACAAUAAAUGGUCAUCAUGGUGACAUUCUCUCGUUCAAAGGAUGGCCACCUAUUGUCUGGUUUGUGACUGAACAUUUACAGAGACUACCGAAAGAUUGGACACCUCCAUUAUCAGUUCAAGAACUGCAGAAUCAAAAUAUACCAGCCUACAUUGAAUAUUCAUCUCUGAAGGAUGGAAGUGUUGUGGGAGUUACUGUCACACAUGAACAAUUAUUAAUACAUAGUCAAACACUUAUUAAUGCUUGCAAAUACACAUCAUCUGAUAUUUGUUUAUGUUGUGUUGAUUUUAAACGUGAAGUUGGUCUCUGGCAUAGUGUUCAUGCAGUAAGUUAACCUUUUCUUAUAAAAAUAAAUACGAAAUGGUUCGCUUACAAGGAAUCAUUCUCAAGUGAUCAACUCAGUUUUUCUUCGUUCAUAUGUGGAUCGAUAGAGUAUAUUGAGAUAUCAGAUAGUCAAAAGACUAAAAGGAUUUGGGUUGUUAUUGCUUCCUGCGAAAGUUAUUGAAUUUUUUUGAGUUUUUCCUUCAGAGUCUGAAAAGACUCAAUAUUUUAGUUUUAUAAAGUUUUCUUUCCUUUUGUAUCUAUUCAAAAGUCUUUUCUUAUACAUAGUCUGAUAGAAGACAGCCUUCUCUUCAACAUGAGACGUCUCUCAGAAUUUUCUGAUGAGUUUUUAUGGAGAUAUAAACAUCACUGGAAAUGCCUU